AUGGCGGCUGGUGACUGGAGGAGAAGUCAUUCUAGCACAGGAGAGUAUCUUAGCGAUCUCUGUAAUGCCGUCACAAACCCAAAACCCAGCGAGCCGACCGUCUUCACGGGGACGGAAUAUUCCGCUAUCCGAACCACCGUCGCCCUCGCCGUCUGGCUCGGCGCCAUCCACUUCAACGCCGCCGCCGUCCUCAUCGCCGUAUUCCUCCUCCCCCUCCGCCUCGCCGUCACUGUAUUUGGGUUGCUGGUUCUGUUCAUGGUGAUUCCGUUGAAUGAUAAGAACAAACGGGGAGGGAAAUUAUCGAGGUUUAUCUGUAAAUAUGCGUGUGGGUAUUUCCCAAUAACUCUUCAUGUGGAGGACAUUAAGGCCUUUGAUCCAAACCGACCUUAUGUGUUCGGAUACGAGCCACAUUCGGUAUUACCUAUUGCUGUAUGUGCGCUUGCUGAUCACACUGGUUUCAUGCCAUUGCCAAAGAUCAAGGUCCUUGCAAGUAGUGCUGUGUUUUACACACCAUUCUUGAGGCAGAUAUGGACAUGGUUAGGGCUGGUUCCAGCGUCCAGAAAGAAUUUUUACUCGUAUCUGAAAGCUGGCUAUAGUUGCAUAGUAGUGCCUGGUGGUGUUCAGGAAAUUAUCCAUAUGGACCAUAAAUCUGAGGUGGCAUUUCUGAAAUCAAGAAAGGGGUUUGUACGGAUAGCCAUGGAGAUGGGCGCACCUCUUGUACCAACAUUUUGCUUCGGUCAGAGUCAUAUUUACAAGUGGUGGAAGCCCAGUGGGAAAUUGUUUGUGCAGAUUGCUAGAGCAAUCAAGUUCACACCGAUCAUAUUCUGGGGAAGAUUUGGGUCACCUAUACCAUUUCGACAACCAAUGCAUGUUGUAGUUGGAAGACCGAUCGAGCUUAAGAAAAAUCCUCAGCCAACAAUGGAAGAGAUCAAUGAAGUACAUGCACAGUUUGUUGCGGCGCUCCAAGAGCUCUUUGAGAAGUACAAAGCCAGAGCUGGCUAUCCUGAUCUUGAGUUGAGAGUUCUAUGAUCAUCCCCUACAUCAUCAGCUAGUUUGUCCUGCUGAUAUUGACGACGAGAGCUCGAUGCAAAAUGAGACUCAAAAUGGGAAAUAGAACAGCAGGAUCAGAAAAUUAAUGUUCUCUUAUCAAGUCGUCGGUGUCUUCAUUCUGCUUCGAGGUGUUUAUAUGUUUGUAACAUUGAAAACUUAGAUGUAUGUAUUUCUAUAUUUGUGACAUCAAAAUCUGGAUGUAUACUGAAUGUUUCGGUGGUGGUUGGUGGCAAUAUUUUGAAUUGUUGGUUGGAGCUA